CGUCGACGCCCUUUUGACACCUCCCUCCUCAUUCCUCUCUUGCGCAGCGACCAGUCAACCAGAUCACCUCCAAUCCUCGCGGCACAAAUCCAUCAAAAUGGCCAAGGUCAACUCCAACCUCCACUCCUCCCGCCGCAAGUCGCGCAAGGCGCACUUCGAGGCCCCCUCCAGCGUUCGUCGCAACAUCAUGAGCGCCCCUCUCAGCAAGGAGCUCCGUGAGAAGUACAACGUCCGCUCCAUCCCCAUCCGCAAGGAUGACGAGGUCCAGAUCGUCCGCGGCACCAACAAGGACAAGGAGGGCAAGGUCACCUCCGUGUACCGUCUUAAGUACGUGAUCCACGUCGAGCGUGUCACCCGCGAGAAGGUCUCCGGCCAGUCCGUCCCUCUGGGCAUCCACCCGUCCAACGUCGUCAUCACCAAGUUGAAGCUCGACAAGGACCGUGAGGCCAUCCUGGAGCGCAUCAAGGCCGGCCGCGAGGCCGGCAACAAGGGCAAGGCCGCCGCCAAAUAAGCGACUUCCCUGCACGUUGCUGCACCCACCCAAAAAAGAUACCAACCAAAACGACCAUUCACCGCUUGUGGGGAGGAGGAUCGGAAAAGUUCUGCUGCGACGUUUUGAUGGAUACCAUGACGCGCCUCGGCGGUCAACAACCGUGAUUGUUGGUCCCGAGCGCGUGCUCGACCCGGUCACGGUUUCGGCGUCUACACGGCUGUUCUACAUUACGAUGGAUGCGGCGCGGAUCGGUAGCAGAGAUCAAUACACAAGUCAGAGCCUCUGCGCUCAAUGGCCAUUUCACAGACUUUCAGCUCUCGCCUGCUGCGAUGUGAAGUGUUCCAUGGGAGGUCUCCCGAAGCCCCGGCUUGCCUUGGCAAGGACGAGCAGACUGUCCCCAACAUGCUGCUUGUUCCAUGGCAAGGGCCUCAUGCUUUGCUAUACCAACGUGCACCAUGCUAACCUAGCAGGUCAAUCCGAACUACCGGGGUCCAUGGUACAGACCAGCAGGUCAGACAUAACCAAGACACCCAUGUAUAAUUCAGGUAAGUUACAUUGUAAGCAAGGCACAAAAGCCCAAACUUGACCACAAUGUGACCGCCACUUAAAUCUCCACAUCAACCUCUCCUUAUGGUCGAUGUGGUAUACGCGUGGCGAAGAGCAAACCCUGCGGGAGCAACUUUUGAAUCACCGCUUCCUGCUCUCGCCUGCAGACUCCGUUCAAUUAGAAGGCUUUGCUUUUCGGUUGUGUUGGGGGUUUGAUGGUGAGGCACAUUUAAUUACCGGCCUCUGGACUUGUCAGAGUCUGUAGAUAGCUUUCGAAAUCGGACUCGUCUCGAUAA